CUUGAUUGUUAUUAUUUUUUUGCCGCUGUUUGUAAACUAAUCGCCUCCAUGGGGGGCGGAGGAAAGGAAAUCAAAGCCGCCGCAGCCGAAGGGUGUAAAAGCGCGCCGGGGAAGAGCCGCGGAGCCGCAGGGCGGGAUGGCAGCGGGCAGCGCGGCUGCGGAGGGGAGCGCUGCCCGCGGAGGGCCGGGCCGGGCGGCUCCGCGCUGGCGGUUCUGCUCUCCGCGCUGGCCGCCGCCUCCUGCGUCUACCUGGGGGUGCGGACCAGCGACCUCCAGGCCAGGGUCGCGGCCAUCGAGGGCGCCCGGGGGGGCUUCUCUGCCGCCGCCCCGCUCCCGCCGCUGCCCGGCUUCUCCCUGGAGCAGCUGAACGCGAUGAUGCAGGAGAAAGUGGAGCGACUUCUCGCCCAGAAAUCCUACGAGCACUUGUCAAAAAUACGAGUAGCGAGAGAAGCGCCUCCAGAGUGCAACUGCCCACCAGGUCCUCCAGGGAAAAGAGGUAAGCGGGGCAGAAGAGGAGAGACUGGACCUCCUGGUCAGCCUGGUCCUCAAGGCCCUCCUGGUCCAAAAGGCGAGAAGGGAGAUCAAGGUGAUCAGGGCCCUCGGAUGGUGUUUCCUAAAAUCAAUCAUGGGUUUCUCUCUGCUGAUCAGCAGCUCAUUAAACGCCGCCUCAUUAAGGGGGACCAAGGACAAGCUGGACCCCCUGGGCCUCCAGGGCCACCAGGACCCAGAGGUCCCCCAGGAGAUACUGGCAAAGAUGGUCCUCGUGGGAUGCCUGGCAUACCGGGUGAGCCAGGAAAGCCAGGAGAACAAGGAUUGACCGGACCUCAGGGGCCUCCAGGACAAAAGGGUUCUGUCGGAGUGCCUGGUGUUCCAGGGAGAGACGGACAAGUGGGUGAACCUGGUUUGCCUGGCAUAGUGGGAGAGAAGGGAGCAGCAGGGCUUAAGGGUGACCCUGGAGAAAGAGGCGAAAAGGGUGAUGCUGGAGAAAAUGGACCAAAGGGUGACACAGGAGAAAAGGGUGAUCCUGGUUCUUCUGCUGCAGGAAUUAAGGGUGAACCUGGGGAAUCUGGACGACCUGGACAAAAGGGUGAACCAGGUCUUCCUGGGCUUCCUGGACUCCCUGGGAUAAAGGGUGAACCAGGUUUCAUUGGUCCACAAGGAGAACCUGGGUUGCCAGGGCUACCAGGAACAAAGGGUGACAGAGGAGAGGCAGGCCCUGUUGGGAGGGGUGAGCGAGGUGAACCUGGAGUUCCUGGACAAAAGGGGAAAACAGGUGAACCUGGAUCUAGAGGCCCAAAAGGGUCAAAGGGUGAUACAGGUGACAGAGGUGACACAGGAUCUGCAGGUCCACGGGGGCCACCUGGGCAGAAGGGUGAUCAAGGUGCAACAGAGAUAAUUGAUUAUAACGGCAAUAUCCAUGAAGCUCUGCAGAGGAUUGCUACCCUGACUGUCACGGGACCUCCAGGACCACCAGGACCCCAAGGGCUGCAAGGGCCAAAGGGUGAACCAGGAUCCCCAGGAACCCCAGGAGUUGAUGGGGAGCAGGGUCCUAAAGGCUCAAAAGGAGAUAUAGGUGAUCCUGGAAUGCCUGGAGAAAAGGGAGGAAUUGGACUGCCUGGACUGCCAGGAGCCAAUGGCAUGAAAGGCGAAAAAGGAGAUGUUGGUUUGCCUGGUGCCCAAGGUCCUUCAAUGAUAGGACCACCUGGACCACCAGGGCCACAUGGUCCUCCAGGCCCUAUGGGACCUCACGGACUUCCUGGCCCAAAGGGUGAACCAGGGUUAAAUGGUCUUAAAGGAUUGAAGGGUGAAGCAGGUCAAAAGGGUGACAGAGGGCCCCUUGGUCUUCCAGGAGCAUCUGGCUUAGACGGAAAGCCAGGACCCCGGGGUGUAGAUGGCCCAGUUGGUCCCCAUGGCCCUGCAGGUCCUAAAGGAGACAGAGGUGAAAAGGGAACUGCAGGUGACCCUGGACCCAGAGGACCGUAUGGCUUGCCUGGCAAAGAUGGCGAACCUGGCCUUGAUGGUUUCCCUGGUCCUCGAGGAGAAAAGGGUGAUAUAGGAGAAAAGGGAGAAAAGGGAUUCCGUGGAAUUAAGGGGGAAAAAGGGGAGCCAGGCCAGCCUGGCCUGGAUGGGCUGGAUGCCCCUUGCCAAUUGGGUCCUGAUGGAUUACCGAUGCCUGGCUGUUGGCAAAAGUGAUGAAUCUAACCUUACAAGCAUGAAGUUGUGUAUAUAGUGCUUCACUUUUUGUAUUUAUAGUUGAAAACUGAAAAAUUUAUUUUACAAGUCUGAGAUAUGUUUACAUGUAGCUGCUUCUACUUGUUUGCAAUAGUCCAUGUGUACAUCUUUUUUUUCACUUACAUCUGCACUUAGAUGAUAUAUAAUUGCAGGAUAAACCUGCAAAAAUUCUCUCUCUAAUGAGAGAGAGAAAGAUCUUGAUACAAUGAUCAAUAAUAGAAAUCUGAUUAUUUCUGAAAAUUCAUAUAUUUUGGCUUGUGGACCUGCAUGGACGAUGAGUGCCAUGAACUAGUUUACAAGAAAUUGUGACCAAAUAAGAGCAAAAUGCUAUGAAAUGUACUGUAUCAGCUGCUGUUGGAGUUUACUGACUUGGCUUCCACGUCCAUCUUAAACACUUCUCUGAUUUGUGCCAACAUAUUUGCUUGUACGGACUAAAAGCAUGAGUUUGUGUGCCAAAUCUGCUUGUUGUGUGAUCACGUCACGUGCUAAAUGGCUGCUCACAGUGACUUUUGAUUCCAGCUUCUGAAUUGUUUCCUUUUGUCAUCUCAAGGGAGUCACACCGUGGCUUAUUGCUAAAAAGAGAUAAACCAGAGGAGGAUAGAAAAAGGCCUUGAAUUUUUGGGGAAUAGAAAUCCAGCUGCAGGUGGAUGGCUUCCAGUCUUGCAGGCCACCUGGCCCUUUUGAUCAAAGUGGGUCCUGCCUGUUAAUCAGCAUUGGUUUGCCUUGCACUGCUCACGGUCGUGAAGACAUUCACGAUAGGGCCUGUCGAGUCCUUACUCAAGAAGGAAAGAAGUUAGAAGAAGAAACCAGACUUCUCUGUGGGUUGUUUGAAAAGGGUUGCAGAGGUGCUACAGGGAUCAUUUGAUGGCAGACGCCGCCUGACACCAGAAGCUUCUCAACCUUACUCAAGGAUGGACAGAGUAUGUGCUCUGUGUAUUUUAUUUUGGGACUGCUGGAGGAAAAAGCAUUCUUGAGGCGGGGAUGAAUCGGAACAUCCUCUGGAGGAGGAGGAUAAUGGAACUGACCAGACACGUAUGUACCAUGGUGUGGUUUUCAGGUGAUACAGUUUGGAUUACACAAAACUAGCUGAACUUCUCUGCAGAAUUUUGGAAGCUAUGGUUAAUUUUGUUUCCUUUUCCCAUAACUGUUGCCAGAAAGGAUGCAUUUCAAUAAGCUAUUCAACAUUUAUGAUGAUGGCAUUGAAGAAAAUACUUCAAGUCACUUGUUCACCUUGUUUCAGUAUUAACAGUUUUUAUUUCAGAGUCUUUGAAGCCUUUAAGUCUAAAAAUGAAGAGAGUUUAUUUUUGUGUUUCACAGACUGAUUUAUUCAUCUUGUUCUUUUUCUGCUGUUACAGUGACUUUAGUGGACAUUACUACUCAAAAAACAUUGGAGAGAAACAAGUUUGUGUGAUUACGCUUGUCAUCGCACUACACUGUUAAAGGUGUUGAUAUUUCUCCAUUUCUGUUCAGAUGACUGGUUUUCUAGAAAAACAUUGGCAAGGUUUUGCUUCUCCACUUUUUUUAUUGCUAUAAAUACUUAAGUUGUGCACAUUUGUAGUUUUUGCCACGAGGUAUUUUUCCCAGUUUUGAGUCUUCAUAUGGUGCACUGUAGUUAGUUUGAGAGACUAGUUUAUGAGAAAUGGUGUCAUAUUUGGCAGAUGGAAAUACUUUUUUACAUCAUUUCCAUUCCUAGUGUAUAGCAGGAUGAUCACAAACUUUUUUAGUUACUUUUCUGAGAGCUGUCUUUCCUAAGUAGACCAAAACUAAAGUUGAGCAAGACAGCCUGUCUGCAUCCACAUGCAGGCACCUUGCCCUUCUUGGAAUGCAUAUUUUUCCUCGCUCCAUCAUUUCUAAAUCAUGUGAAGAUGGGUACCUGCUGUGGUUGCACUUUUUGCAUGGCUUCACAAUCUCAGAUCAAUGGAAAUGCCACUAUAAUGUGAUCUUCUGCUUUGCUAAAUCUUUAUUGUCAUUUUGGUAUAUCAGAGACAAAACCAGCUUUUCAUGAGGGAAAAUCUUCCACAGAUUUUUAAAACUAAAAGUAAAUUUAGUGGCCUCCAUCUAGUGGUACCUUACUAAUAAAAACAAAAUUCCAACACUAUAUAGGUAUAUAUACUGAAAAAUAGGUAUAUAUUUUUACUGCUCAGUUCCCUCUAUCCGAUAGGAAGAAAUAAAGAAGUGUUUGCAAUAUGAGGAAAAAUGGUUUUAUUUGCUUAAAUUUUCAGAGAUGCAAGUAUCAACCUGUUUGAAUAAUCAUGAUUACAUUAGUAAAAGCCUUCACAUGGCAUAGACUGAAUAUAAAGUGUUAAUAAUCAGAGUGCUGCGGCAGUAAUGUGAAUGAGGGACUUCCCAGAAAGGGGACAAGAGGAGCACCAUGUAAGCCGUCCAACUUGCCAGUUUUAGUCUGCUUCUUUAAGAAGCACUAUCUCAAAAAAGAACAGGUUGAGGAGCAAGCUGCCCACCUAACAGGGAAGAGUCUCUUAUGCCUAUGUCCUGACUUGGCACUUUUGGCUAGGUAUAUUAUAGAUGCAAAGACUAGAAUUUGAACGUUUUCAUAAAAUAUCAAAUACUGGCAAUGAUACAGUAAGAUGAAAUAUUUUUUUAAAUGUCCCGCAGAGUAUUCAAAUGCAAAAUCAAGUAGGAUGUUUAUUAUCUGGCUAUAUGUUUUAGCAGUUCCAUAUUGAGAGUGUCUACAAACACAACUCAUUUAAGGAACAGCAACAAGAUAAAGAGCUAUUAAAUGCAUGCUGUCAUUAGCACUUUCGUUUUUAAAAAAAAUUUGUAUAUCUAUAUUUUUUAACUGUCCUCAUGGCAUCCAUUUCUAUAUGCAUUAAUAAAGCUAGCAGAACCUUGGUUCAUGAUUUGUUCAUUCAGGAUAUAAUUAUAAACACUACCGUUAAGCAUUAGUCAAAACUCAAUUCUCCUUUAACUCCCUGACACUGAGACCCUGCUGAAGAAACACAUAAGCACCUUUAUUCACUUUCUUUUCUGUCCUGUAAAGAAAUUUCUUUAUUUAACUCCUGCCAGGUAGGAAUACUUUUGAUUUUUUUUCCAAGCAAUCUAACUUAACUUUUUAAAGCCUCUGUAUUGUUCAAUGUCAUGAAAAGUUCAUUCCAUUUAAAUGACCAUGGGUGAACAGCAGAUAAACAAUUUAAAUUAACAGGCUAAACCGCAUACAUAGAUUUGACAUUAAUAUUGGCAUUUCAAAGAUGGACUUGAAAUGAAACCUAACAGUAUCUAAAAAAGUUGCAUGUUCAGUACAAGAAAGAAAAAAAAUUGGCUUAAUAUUUCAUCAGGAAAAACACCCUGACAAGACUUGCAACAUGUUUAUUUUGUUUAAAAAGCAACUACUUUUGGUGCUAGUAUAUCUUUUUUUUUUUUUUUUUUGAUGGCAAAACUACAGUUUGAACCACCUGUUUGUUGCUGUAUUUUUUAGUAGCAUUCCUCUAAAUAGAUAUGAUUUGUUUUGUUUAGUUUGUGGCAGGAACAGUAGUUCCUCUACCAGUCUUUUUGGUGGUAGAAAUGUGUAGUGGUAUUAGUCUACACAGUUUCUAUAUCCUUGACUUUUUCAGGUAUUAACUAAUAUUCAGGUAUUAAUUAAUCCUUGUUUCUUUGAGAAUUUUCAGUAUUUGUUUCAUACCAAGUUUUGUAACCAUCUGUUACUCCAGUGUGUUAUAACCACAUUGUGCAGAAGUCCUGCUACAGAAGCAGCAAGUCUUUUAAGCACUGUAUGGAAUAUGUCUGACAUACGCAGUCCUUGUCUUCACAUUCAUAGAUUAGCUAUGGGAAAUCUUUCUUUCAGGAUACUUUGGACAACUUUUUAUUUUUUCCUGAGGUAAAGCAUGAAACGUUAAUUCAUGGAACAAUGAUACGAUGUAUUUUUUUUGAUUUGUAUUUUUAUUUAUUGCUGAUUUUGAUGUCACGUUGUGAUAGUGUAGCAAGGCAGAACGACACUCUUCAUCCAGCUGUUUGUACGUUCUUCUAGUCCACCGUGUAAGUAGCAUGAAUGAGAAAUCCAUAAACCUGUGUGAAGCACAGAGUUUAAAAAGGGGUAAUUCUUAAGAUUGGUGUACGGUGUGGAAAGUUAGCAUUGGCUCCACUGAGCAUUACCCUUGUGGAAGAGUGCACGUGAGCAUCAGGCACUCGGUCACGCCCGCGGAACAGACGGUGCAGCCCCCAGAUGAGACGGUCAGACCCUCGGUCCCUGCGGGAAGGCUGGGGGCCGAGUCAGGAGGGGUCCUGCAUCCCGCCGGGGUCUGGGGAGAGGUGUCCCGGUGACCGCCGCAGAACCGGGAUGCAAGCCUGGGCUCAGCCGUGCAGGGCUCUUCACUGGCCUGUGCCCGCCUUGCCCCGGCAAUGGCACGGGGAGAGUGAUGCUUCCUUCCCCCGCAAAGCGCUCGCGGCGUGCGGUGCGACACACCCCGGUAUUGUGUUUAGUACCAAGGGGAAUGUUACCCGCUUCAACAGCGGGGUUUUGCCCACAUCAGGGCCACUGCACUGGAUAAGAACUGCAGGGAUAUGCCCAGCCUAUGGAAUGCAGUGAAGAUGUUCAAGGCAUGCAGAAGCCGACCUUUCCUUUCCAAUUCCCCGAUCUCUGCUGCUUGACCAUCUUAAAUUCCAUUUUUAAAUCUCCGUAUUAUAUCUAAUGAGAGACCUAAAUUGUCACACUGAAAAGUCUCACAAAGCACUAAUAUCUGCAAAGAUAGUGGUCAAAAGAAAGUCUAAUUUUUAGUCGUUGCAAAAAAUGAUUCCGUUUCAGUGACUAGAAUUAAAACUUUCACAUUUUUUUUUUAUUUUUCUUUCUGCAACUUGCUUUUAUGGAUCUGAAUGUUGCUGUAAUGUACAAAUGAAGGUUUUCUUGCACCCUCUGUUAUUGAAGUAUUUUACGUGGUGGUUGAAUUUGUUAAAUGCUGUUAGAAACAAGUGCCUGCCACAAUCAUUUCUGACAGGAUUUGAAAAAGACACUCCACAAAACAGGUGGAGUUUGUAUUUUAAAAAAGUAUUUGGAGUGUUGCUUUUAUUUCAUUUUGUUUUUAAAUGCAUCCAAUUAUCAAUGCUGCUUGGAAAUUGAAUUUUCUUGGGAAGACAGGGGGCCUUAACUUAACCUGGGACCGUUAGUGUUUUACUUGUUUCUAUGGAAAAAAGAAAUUGUAUGAAUUUCCCAGAUACCAUUGGUACUUGCACACUUCUCUGAAGUAUUAUGAAGAGUUGGGUUGGUGGAAGAAUGUUUUACAUAUUGUUAACAUAUAUGUGGAUAUUCUUAUAUUAUUGUACAUGUUUGGGAAAAUAUCACACAACUUUAAAAAAUGUUA